AUGCAGCCAGGGCCGGAUGACCACAAGGAUACCCCGCAACACAUCCGUCGGAACCAGCACCGAGAAGAGCGUCGACGCGGCGAGAGCUACUCGCGUAUCCCGGUGUGCGAGGGAGACCGCUCCAACAUCGUGGCGGUGAUGCUGGCCAAGGACAUGGCGUUCGUCGAUCCGGACGACUGCACGCCGAUCAAGACGCUGUGCCACUUCUACCAGAACCCGUGGUCGUUCGUGUUUGAUGACGUCACGCUUGACGUCAUGCUGAGGGAGUUCAAGGAAGGCAACAAGGGUCACAUGGCGUUCGUGCAGCGCGUGGUGACGGAGACGGUCGGCGACCCGUACUACGAGCUGGUGGGCCUGGUCACGCUGGAGGACGUCAUCGAGGAGAUGAUCCAGGCCGAGAUCAUGGACGAGACGGACGUGCUCACUGACAACCGCACCAAGAAACGGCGCGGCAAGAAGCGACUCAUGCCCGACCCGAUCGCGUUCGCCCAGCCGACCAACAACCAGAUCCACAUCUCGCCGCAGCUGGCGCUGGCCACGUUCCAGUUCCUGCAGACCGUGGAGCCGUUCAAGAACGAGCUCAUCUGCCCGUCCGUGCUGAAGAAGCUGCUGGAGCAGGACGUGGUGCGUCACAUCAAGCUGAAGGACGGCAACUCAAGGCGUUCAUCUACGAACGGGUGCGCACCACAGUCGAGCAAGCCGGUCGACUUCUUCUGCAUGAUCCUGGAGGGCCGCGUGGACGUCACGAUGGGCAAGGAGAACCUGUCGUUCGAGAGCGGCCCGUUCAGCUACUUCGGCACCCAGGCGCUGACCAUGCCCGGCGAGAGUGACGCGUCCCCGGUGUUGCGCGGCUCGGUGCACUCGCUGGACGGCUCGCACCGCGCCACGUUCGUGCCCGAGUACUCGGUGCGGGCCGUGACGGACGUCUACUAUCUGCGCAUCCGGCGCGGGCAUUACGUGGCGGCCCGCAAGGCCACGCUGGUGGCCGCUCAGCAGCGCGACCCCAACCCGCUCACCGAACAGCUGGUCAACGACAUCGCCGACAUGGGCUCUCGCACCGACUCCCUGCGGGACUUCCACCUGAACCCGAGCAACACGCAGAAGCCGUAA